UCUAUUCAAAUUUUCAUUUUCAAUUUGCGCAGAGGCCAUGCUCAUAUGCCUCCCCCCUCCCCGAUGGACAAGCGCACAUGCUCUUCUUUGUUUUUUUGAUUGACUCUCCUGAACUGAAUGUUCUCUGUGGCCAGAGAGGUAGAAAGCUAUGCUUGCAGGGGUCCCCUGUAUAGCCUUAGGAGUAGUGGAGCGGCUGAGCAGCGGAGCGGCGAUGGAGCUUUCGCGUGAGCCGGCGUCGCAAGAUGAAAUUCAAGAGCAAGUGGCUUCGCGAGGGCGAUCGAGAUUCGAGAGGCAAGAUUACGAGGGGGCCCUCGAGGCUUUACGCGGUCUGGAUUUGACGAGCGUGAAGAACCGGCUUCAGAAAACCAUUGAACUCUUGAAACGCUCGAAGCGCACAAGGAACAAGCCUGAGAAUGUUCGCAUCUUCUUGGCACCUCGCUCUGCCACAGCGCUGCUGUACGCAUUUGUAUGCAGAGCCAAAUGUCUGGAUCAGUUAAAUCAGCCUCAAGAUGCUGCUGAACUGUGCAAGCAGGUGAUCCAAGCUGUCGAGGAAGUGUUUCCGAAUGGGUUCUUUGCCCCCCCGGUGUCAGAUUGGGUAAUUGACGAGUUCAUAGAACUGGCCAUGGAGGCAUGUGUCUUGCUUCCCCGCCUUCAUACAAAAGCCGGAGAGCUGAGACGAGCGAUAAAUGCGUAUCGGCAUGCACUUGUCAGCCCAAUAUCGGUGAAACCCCUACUGAGGCUUGCUGUGAAAAAGGAGCUGGCCCUAGAGCUUCUGUAUGGGGGUUGUGAGGCGCCUCCGCUUGUGAGCAACCCAGAUUUGCUUGACGACCGAAGUCGAUCACAAUUCGUGCCUGCGAACAACAUCGAGGAGGGGGUCCUCCUGUUGAUGCUUGCUCAGCAGGAGGCUUGGGAUCCCGCUGCCAUGGAGCAUCUCUGUUUUGGCCUGUCGACAUCCGAGCAGUUUGGCUUGCUCGCAGAGCUGUAUGAGCAGACCAUGCCGGGGAAUUACAGCCGGCCGGAGCGAUGGUAUAGCCUCGCGCUGAGUCAUCUGGGUGAAGGGAACUAUGAUUUGGUGAUGAAUUUGGUGAGCAAAGCCCUCAGAGAAUCGCCAAAUGACGUUCCGAUCCUUCUUUUGGCUGGUAAACUGUGUUCGCGCAACGCGGAGCUUGCCACCGAGGGCCUUCCGUGGGCCGAGAGGGCUGUCGAACAGGCGAUCGGGAGUUACGAAGGCCUGAAGGGGAAAGCGUAUCAUGUCCUGGGAGUGGUGCUGGGUGUUUCUGCGAGGGCGGCUUUGUCAGACACGGAGCGUCAGGAUCUACAAGGACGUUCACUGCGGGCUCUGAGUGAGGCGGUGGCUUAUGAACCGUCGGAUGUGGACAUGAUGUAUGAUCUUGCAUUGCAGUAUGCUGAAGUGAGGCGUAUAGUUCCCGCGAUGCAGUUUGUCAGAGAUUCUCUCGAAUGGAGUGGUGGCACUCAUGUGAAAUCGUGGCGCCUUCUUGCCCUCCUGUUGUCGGCGCAGCAGAGGUGGGAAGAUGCCAUAGAGGCAUGCAAUGCAGGGAUGGAAGCGGUUACUUGCAAAUCCGAGGAGGGGCUGUUGCUGCGAACGUUGGGUAAGAUCCAGGUGGCGGCACUGCAGUACAAGUCGGCUCUGGGAACAUACAAGAGGCUUUUGAGUCUUAUGGAAAUCAGAGCGAAGAGGAAGCUGGCGUGCUUAACGAUGGAUGAACCGGCAGGACCCAGGACUCCACGAUCAGCACCCCAUGCACGCGAGGCAUCUGAUCUGCACUCGGUCAAUAAGAGCGACCAGGAGGAGGGAGUGAGGGAGACGGAUGUGUGGAUGGACCUUGCCCAGGUGUAUAUUGCCUUGGAACAGUGGGAUGACGCUGACACAUGCGUCGAUCAUCCGUGCCUUUCUCGUUAUGAGCCGGGCCAUUGGUACGUUACGGGGCUGCUAGAGGAGGCUCAGGCGGGCGACAACAAAGACGAGGCUUAUGCAGCCUACGAGAAUGCGCUUGCUAUGGAUCCCACGCAUGCUCCAAGUAUGAUCAGACUGGGUGUGUUGCUGAGUCAAGGGGGAGCUUCCUCUGCUCCUUUGGCAAGGAGUUACCUGACCGAUGCGCUGCACAUCGAUCCGACGGACCAUCUCGCGUGGCACACGCUUGGUCUGCUUCACAAGAAGGAGGGACGCAAGGCCGAGGCUGCCGACUGUUUCAACGCUGCCCUGCUGUUGCAGAUGACUGCACCGGCAAUUAGUUUUGCAACGCUCCCCAGGGCGUUGUAGUUGGGUAGGGGGGGAGGGGGGAGGGGGGGGGGGGGGGGGGGGGGGGGGGGGGGGGGGGGGGGGGGGGGGGUGUGGGUGGAAGACAGAGUGGAUCGCGACACACGUCUCCAGUGUGCGCAGGAUCCUAUAUUCAGCCUUGCCAAUGCCGUAGAUAUUGUACAGCUAGUCUGUUGUCGUGCCUUUGCUCUUUCGGAAGCAGCCUUCCAGGCAGGACCUGAGGCUAGAGCUUGCCCUUUUGGCUGCCUCUUAUAGUUCCUGCGUCUGAAGCUUGACUACCGUCUUCGCCCGAAUAGAGUGCCCGGUCAUUAUAGCUGUAUCUAGGGCAAUUGUCACUCCCGAUGCAGCGAUAACGACCGGGCGCUCUACUCGGGUGAAGGCGGUAGGCCUGUGUGGGCUGGCGUGGGCUAUCUCAAGCUGCUCGCCCCCAAAUAGUGCCAAAAGUCACUCUGCUCUGCCAGCCCCGUUCAAACCCCACCUUCCUGUGUCUCUCUCUCCGCCUCCUCUUCUGACGAACUGACUAUUUUGCGCUUUUCGGCGAUGAUGCGCACACGUUUUGGCCGUGCUGCGGUUUUCGGCCAUCUUGCGCUUUUUGUCCCUGUUGCUCUUUAUGCCCGUCUUGCACGUUAUGAAUGCAGGCGGUAUUCACAGGCGCUACUUGCGAUAUAUACGCUGCGGCAAAGCCAGCCUGGUUGGGUUGGGUUGGGUUGGGUUGGGUUGGGUUGUCUCUCUGUCACUUUCGUGAAACCUCCAGGCAGGUAAGUUCUGUCUUUGUGGAUUUGGAUACAACCCCCACUUGCUAGCCGCUUAGAUCGUAUCGCCAGCCCUAGAUCCUACGAUUCAUAUUGCUAGCCCUGGCACACACCAUGGCUUUGCCACCCUCUAUUGUCUUUUUGAUGCAGUUGGACUUUGUGGUGGGGGGGAGGGCAGGUUAUCUUUAUCGAAAGUGUGAUGUCCGUCUCUUGGGCUCGAUCUGCUGCUCUCAGCUGUAAAUUACUUUGUAAAUAACUGCCACUGCACAGUGUGGACAGCAUUCUGCGCACUGUGUGUGAGUGGAGUUCACCCCCGACGAAUCGUGAACCCUCCUCCUCACCCUCAUCUCAGCUCAGCUCACUCGCUCGUUUCGUUUAAUGCACCCUCCUCCUCCUCCUCCUCCUACUCCUACUCCUACUCCUACUCCUCCUCUCCGGUCGCUCCUUCUGCGUCUCCGGUUUCGUACUGGUGCUCCUGUGGUGCGGACAAACAUCCGACCAAUUCUGUUCUUCAGUCUUUUAUCCGAAUUCGCUCACGGGAGAGGUGUGCAAGAUGCAACUGCGUCUCCGGUUGAAGAAUGUACAGUGGGUAAUUGUUGUCCCAACUGAUCGCUUUCGUCUCAGCUCGGUCUCGUUCCUAUGAAUGGUAUUCGCCACAGUCCAAGUGUAGUAGUAGAUGGCCGUCAGAGAUAACGGCAAGAGCUUUGCUGUUCUCCAUUCACCGUAGCCGAUCGAUUGAUCGGUCCCAUCGGUCCCAUCGGUCCCAUCAGUCCCAUCAGUCCCAGUCUAGGCGCUUAGUGAGGCACCUAGGAGGGCUCCUUUCGAUUGUGGGGGGAGCAUCAGCACGGGUCCUUACGCAUGCUAAAGAAAUUACGGACACCAAAUGCAGAAGGCGUUCUUUCCGUUAACGAACGCUGAAGGAAACCUGAGCAUUGACUAAGUAGUUCUUAUGUACACCAAAUGCAGAAGGCGUUCUUUCCGUUGACGAACGCUGAAGGAAAACUGAGCAUUGACUUAAGUAGUUCUUAUGCAGGAGGGUCGACUGUCGUGACGACCUGUCUUUACGUGGGCUGCCAGACGGUGGGGGGCGGGCUUUAAGAUCUGUGUCCUGUUAGGUUUCCUGCCUCUUUGAGAUAACACACCCUCCCUGCUUUGUUUGGGUCCCCCUGUCUACUCAAAAAAGAUUCCGCUUCUGGUCGCUCUGCACUCCUCCCUUUCCUCUUUCUUUCUCAGUAAAUUGCCAGGCUCGUC